AAACACAAUCACCCGGAACGUCCUGCGGUGAGAGCCAACACUAUAGAUUUUGCACCUUUCCAGCCGGUCAUCAGAAAAUAUCGCCGGCCACUUGAGGUCAAUAUCAUGUUUCGGAAAAAUCAUCGCAGUUUCUGACUUUGAACUUUUCGCGUUUGGUUGAAAUCGCAUUAGGUUCAAUUCCACAUUUUGUUUUUCAUUUGUAACCUGGUUGAUUGGUGAGUUCGUUUAAAGCGAUGUUGAGCGUGGAUUGAAAAACCUAUUGGAAUUCAGGAUUUUACAUGAACCAGAUUCUUGUGAAACGGGUUACUUUGCAGACAAGGACAAUUUGGGAUUAGCUGAACCUGAACAAGAUUAUAAUCAUGGAAGAGGGUAUGAAUAAAUUACCGGAUGAGAUUAUUCCUCCAACUGAGGAAUACUACCAAAUGUCUACAGUUCACACCGUUAUUUCCUUGAGAACGUUCAAAUUCGACGACUACACCCAGCGCAUCGUUCUCUCCGUUUUCUUCAUCAUCAUAGCUACAUUGGGAAUCUUCGGCAACAGCCUGGUCGUCUUGGGCGUCAUUCUGUGUCGGAAACUUCGAACGGUGACGAACAUUUUCGUCGUCAACCUCGCCGUUGCCGAUUUACUGACCGCCAUGACGAUUCCUUGGAACGCGGUGGCGCUGCUCAGCCGGGGCGGCUGGCCUUUACCGGAGUGGGUGUGCGUGGUUGUCGCGCUGGUGAGUUUUACUUGCGUGGGAUGCAGUCUCUUCACAUUGGCAACCAUCGCUAUCAACCGAUGGCUUGUCAUCACGCAGAGUUUGAAUACUUUUCGUAGAGUUUACACCACGGUCAAUCUAACCUUCAUGAUCCUGGCCAUCUGGUCUGUUCCAUUCCUGGUCGCGCUGCUGCCACCAAUGAUCGGGCUCGGAGAGCUUGGGUACGCCGACAAAUACAGCACAUGCUCACACAAGACCACGCACCCACUAUCGGACUACUACAGCGUUCUGCAAACCCUGAUCUUCUACCCAGUCCCACUCGUAAUAAUUAUUGUUUGCUACGUGAAAGUGUACCUCCACGUCAGACGUCACAUGAAGGCAAUGACCGAGCAAGCAGAGGGAUCCUCUUCGUCAAUGCAUGCCAGCUUGAAACGACAAUCCAGCCAGCAACAACUUCGUUUGAGCAAACGACAGGUCGAGAUUACCAAGAACUUAUUUUACGUAGUCCUCGCCUUCUUGAUCUGCAUAACACCUCAUGGAGUAGCGCUCAUGAUCCCGCCCAGCGACCCGGCUAUACCGUGGACGGCGGCCAUCUUGCUUUGUAAUAGCUGCAUAAACCCUAUAAUCUACGCGACGAAGCAUCCAAACUUCAAACUUGUCUUUAGAUAUAUGCUGAGCUGUAAAUGCAACAAAAUUCCAGAGCAGUCAGAAUUUCUUCGAUCUGUGCGCUAUUUGAAUGCUCGCCGACAAUCACGUUAACGGAAGCCUUUUGACUGGAGUCCUUAGCACGCGAUGCGUCUUAUGCCUAACGUAGGACUACGUCAACGACCGGUGUGAUCUUUGACGCGCUUUGUGAGAGAAACAUCGUUCAAGGAGGUGUUGCAAAAUGAAAACUGUUACAAUUUUUAAAAAGUACUGUCCUGUGGGCAAUUUGCCUUCAGAGGCUGAAUUCAACGUAAUGGAAAUGAAGUCUCGUUUCAAUGGGCGUUAACAGUUACAAAAGUGGAGUUAUGUUAUAUUAUAGGAACAAUGACGAGAAAACAGAAGAUAUAUAGUUCUUCUGAAACCCAUGAUCGUAAAAGGGGGAAUAUUUGCCAUAUUUUGUCUAUUAAGAUAUUAAAACAGAUCAAAUCUUGUUAUCGCAUGCAUUGAAAUCAUGGAUGCAUAAUGACAGUCACAAGUCACAUCAUGUGACUUGAUAAGAUGUAUUAGAUUGAAGAUAUAGUUUUCAGAUGGUUCCAUUGGUUCUAUUAAUAUGUCGGUCGAUUGACAAAUAUUGUGAAGUGUCCAGAAGCACCAUGUUUAAAGCUGGUCGCCUGGAAAUGUGAUUAUCUCCUGUAUAGAAACUGAUGAUAAAUGUGACUGUUUCACCAGGCCGCGUAACCUCGCCCAUAAUAUUAUGCAAAUGGCAUGAAUGAUUUUAUUUGUGAUUAAACAUAUAUUUCCUGAAGCGAACAUAUAAUCCACAAGCGUCAUCUAGGGUAGAUAGUAACGUAUUCCGUGUCAUUGACCGGUAUUCAUAAAGGCGUACUUUCAUCAAUUUCACAGACAGCAAUUAAAAAGAACAACCAUUACACCUGGUCAAAAGGCUAUAGCUUUAGAGCUCAUGAUGUACUUCAUCUUGUAGUCAUGGUAACAUUACGACAGAGGUUUAGUGCCAUUACUCGUUUAGGCAAUAUAUACAGGGAGUGAAGAACAAUAUUUUGUCAGCGAGAAAACAGAUACCCUAUUUCUGUUCGGCCAUAACCACGAGGUAUUUGCAGAUACACGAUGAAGAUUAGAUUAAUAGUCUUCAUUUCUUCUCAAAAUUCUUAUCCGGCACGCUUUUAGCCAGUUUACGUUACCCGUGCAUGCAUACUAUAAUGCGUAACCCCCGGCGCUUAUGUCCAUUUGUAUGAAUUAGCUCAUCCUCACGUGACGCAAAUGUAUUUGAAAAUUCAGUUGUACUUUUAAACUGGAAAAAUAUUUUGUAUUUGCUUGUAUUGUUUGGUCUUCCUUGGCUUGCCUAAUGGAUUAAUAAAGAUGUCGCCUAAUGGA